AUGGCAUGCCUCUUUAUUCUUUUCUAUUUAAUUAGCUUUAUUCGAGCACGACGUGAAAAUGGGCAAACAACAGUUCAUGAAAUUCCUGUACCGUUGCAGCCGCCAUCUUUGUGGACGACUGAUACAGCUCCACCACCGUAUGAGUCAAAUACAUCUUUGGAUCAAUAUAAACAUGAUUAUUCAUGUCAUCAUUAUCAAUAA